CGGUGACGCCACUGCGUGCGUGCUUGAGGCGGAAGUGUUUCGGUGUUUACAGGCGGCGGAGCCUGGGACAGGGGCGCCGGGACGGAGCCGCAGAGCCCAUGUGCCCGCAGCCCCCGCCGCCUAUGGAGGUGAUGGAGGGGCCCCUCAACCUGGCUCAUCAGCAGAGUAGAAAAGCAGACCGGUUGUUGGCAGCAGGGAAAUACGAAGAAGCAAUUUCUUGUCACAAAAAAGCAGCUGCAUACCUUUCUGAAGCCAUGAAGCUGACACAAUCCGAGCAGGCUCAAUUAUCGCUGGAAUUACAAAGGGAUAGUCACAUGAAACAGUUAUUGCUCAUCCAGGAGAGGUGGAAAAGGGCAAAGAGAGAGGAAAGGUUAAAAGCCCAACAGAAUGCAGACAAGGAUAUAGCUGCACAUCUUCAGACCUCUUAUAAACCAACUGAAGAAUCUGAAGACCACAACAUAUUGGUUCCUGUUACUCAGAAAUACAGUCCUUCUGCAAAUAAGCAUCUACAGGAAACUCAGGUUGUCUUUGACAGGGAGCCAGAUACACUAUUAUUUCUGCUUCAGAAAAGAGAGGAGCAAUUGGAAGUGUGUAUUGGGAACAAAGCUCCAAAAGAUGACAAAACAAUAAUAGAAGAGCAGGCAACCAAAAUUGCAGAUUUGAAACGGCAUGUGGAAUUUCUUGUAGCUGAAAAUGAGAGAUUAAGGAGAGAAAAUAAACAGCUAAAAGCAGAAAGGAUUAGACUCCAAAAAGCUCCAGUAGAGAAGGAGUUGGAUGUAGAUGCUGAUUUUGUGGAGAAGUCAGAGUUAUGGGGCCUACAACAACAUUCAGAAACUGCUACUACUUCAGCCUCAACUUGGCAGAAGUUUGCAGCAAAUGCAGGGAAGGCUAAGGACAUUCCAAUACCCACUCUUCCUCCCUUGGACAUUCCAUCACCUGAACUCCCUCUAUUGGAGCUCUCUGAAGAUAUACUGAAAGGACUUAUGAACAGCUAAAUGAAGACCAUGAGACGUGCUCAUGAAAUGUAGUUAAGCAAAUGAGAAAAGGGAAAACCACCAGGACAAUGAUGAUCCAAGGGCAGCCAACAUCUAACACAAUCCUACUGUGCGAGAAAAGGCAUUACAGCAACUGUCACUGUGAAAUACACUUAAUCAUAGAGCUUAAGGUUACCAUAAAUUGGUAAAUGCAAGCUCUUGCAUCUUUCUCCUGACGUUUCAAACCAAAUGACUGCUUGGAAAACAUUUCAAACACAAUCCUUCAGGGUUUUGAAGUAAUGCUAUGUGUAAUAGGUAUCUAUAAUGCCAUAAACGAUGCAGAACUUAACUUAUGGUUGCCAGAUGGCUGCCACUUCCGCUUGAAAGAUGCUUUCUAUCAUGCAUUCAGAUUGUAAGCAUUUCAUUAUGCACAAUUUUGUUAAUGGAGAAGUGUAUAAGUUACACCAUAUCUAGAUGGAUCGAUGUGCCACACUCUUGUCUCCUGACAAUAUUAACCUCAGAUUAAUCAGGAGAAAUAUAUAAACUUUCUAUGGAGGAACCAAGUUAUUCGUUCUGUGGGGAAUCUUUUAGAUUUUGUUUACAUAACUAAUCAAGGUGCAUCAAAUUUAACUCUGGGUUUCUAUAUAAAAAAAUUACAUUGCUUAAAAAACCUGAGGAAAAAGUAUCCUGUUCUUCAGAGGUGCAUGAAUGGAAGUAAUGCUAGUGGGCAGUAUUUAAUUGCACAAAGGAAAUAUUUGUUUACAUCUGUAAAUCAGUCACUGAGGCUAUGAAAAUAAAAAACUAAGUUGUAAGCAACACCGUAACAGUGGGUGAAAAUAGUCUUCACAAACAUUAAAGUGCCAGUCUAUUGAACUAUACAAUUUGUU